UGUGAAGCCAAACAAACAAGGCAUAGGGCAGUGAACCAUCAAAUACAGCACGUGCUUCACAAUGCGUCGUUGAUUGUCUUCAACAUAACCCGAAAUAUCGACGGCUGAGAUUGAAUCCCUUCUUCUUCCUUAUUCUCGAGUAUAAAAGCACCAUCACCAAGUCUCCUCCUUCUCAACCUACUCUGACAUUUGAGACUGAGAUUUUACCCUCUAAAACCAGAUCGAUUCUGGGUUUUCAUUUUUAAUCAAAUUUCUUUGUAAACAAAAUGCUUCUACGAAGCUCGUCAACUCCGAUUUUGAAUCAAUGGUUUUCGUCUCAGUCAAAGGAUUCGUGUUCAGAGGCUGAGAUAGCUAGCCAUAUACCCAGAAACCGUUCCAUAUCACUCUCCCUUUCCUCUUCCUCCUACUCCUCACCUUCUUCUCAAUCGUCGUAUUCAGCAUCGCCGGCCAGGGAUUCAUCUACGGCGAAGAUGACACGGGCUUUCUCCGAGACCGAUCUCCGGGACCUCUCGGUGCCAAAGAAGAAGUCUUACGACAAAAUCCUUGAUGGUUUUUCAGAGGAAGAGGAGGAUGACAGGUGUUAUGGGCUUAAGUGUGCUACGACGGCGCCAUUGGAUAAUGGGGUGGGCUUAUUUUCGAGCUCGCAAAACCAAGAGUCUUAUAUUGGAUCCAGAGGUAAUGGGUUGGUGAGCGUUUUGGUAGGAGGUGGAAUUGGUAGUGGCGGUGGGAAAAUCUGUGGUGGGGGUGGUAGUAAUGGUGGAUCCAACGGUGGAGAUGAUGGGAAUUCUGGGUCUUGGGAUUCGGAUUAUGGGACUGAUGUGUAUUAUCAAAAAAUGAUCGAAGCCAAUCCGGGGAAUUCUCUUCUUCUGAGCAAUUACGCCAAGUAUUUAAAAGAUGUGCGUGGUGAUUUUGUGAAAGCAGAAGAGUAUUGUGGUAGAGCCAUAUUAUCCAAUCCGAAUGAUGGUGAUGUUCUAUCCAUGUAUGGAGACUUGAUAUGGCAAGGUCACAAGGAUGCUUCAAGAGCAGAGACUUACUUUGAUCAAGCUGUUAAGGCCUCUCCAGAUGAUUGUUUUGUUUUAGCAUCAUAUGCUCGGUUUCUUUGGGAUUCUGAAGAAGAUGAUGAUGAGGAAGAGGCAAAUACAGAAUUAUCAACACCCAAUUUCUUUAGAGGGACAACUCCUAUAGCUGCUUCUUCUUAGGCUAUCUCCCUUUUUCAUGAUCUGUUGUAUAAUAGUUAAGAUAUUAACUUCCCAAGCCUUUUGUUUAUAUUCUUCUCUUAACCCUUUUUGUCAAAUUUUUGGGUGCCUAGUAGAACUAUAUUAACGAUAGCUAUGGUUUCUUCUUGUAAAAUAAUGUAUGGAUGAAGUAAAGAGGUAGAAUCAAUUUGUUGCUCUCA